AUGGCGGCGGACCUACUGGAAGAGUGCUUGGAGAUGCAGCAGGACGAGGUGGAGGCUCUGGAGGCUAUUUACAGCGAGGCCUUUGCCUGCAUCUCCACUGAGCCGUAUGUGGUCCAGGUCACGGUCCAGCCGCCUCGUUUGUCGGACGAUGACGACGGCGACAACGAGGGAAGCGGGGACGGGCAGGAUGAAGCCGACGACGAUGGCAAGGCUGGCUACCGGCCGAUUGUUCUCGAGUUUACCUUUGUGCCAGAGUACCCGCUCGAGGCUGGGGUUGUAGCCUCGGUCGACGUCUUUGCCAACGAAGGCAUUCUGUCGGACGAGGCGCGGGAGGCGCUCGGCGAGCUGAUGGAGGCAACGGCGGCCGAGGCUGACGGCGCCGCGGCGGUGUACGAUGUUGUCGAGGCUGUGCGCGAGGCCUUUCGUGACCUCAUUCCGCCAGUUGACCCCAGUGUUGGCCGUGACACCGGCGGCGGAUCCGACGGUGAGCCUGAUGGCGGCGACGACGGCGCGAGCGCUUGCAAGCGCGGCUCGAACAAGACCGCCAAGAUGACCAAGAAGGAGAAGAAGCGAGCGCUCAAGGGCAUGGACUUUAUUGCCGGCGAGCGUCCGCGCGGCCACGACUGGGUUGACAUUAUUAGCCAUCUGGCGCGGACCUGA